UGCUAUCUGGAAUGAGUUGAAAUGUACCAUUCUACUGCAAGUUGAUCCCUUCCUUUAUGAAAGAUCUGAUUUGAAAAAGGUUACAGGAUCUGCAUAUAUAAAGAAUUGAACCCCACAAUGCAGGGCAAAAUUCUUGUUUCCUUGCUUCACACUUGAUCUCACUAUAUAAUAUAUAAACCCCAAUUUCCCUGUUUCAGUUCAUUAAUAUUAAUAAAUAAGAAUAGUACACACAAAUUUUAACACAAGCCGUCACUUCGAUUCCGGUAUCAUGAGCUCCGGCGGCGAUUCUUCCGGCGGAGGAAGCAGCAGCUCUGCCAACGCCGACAACAAGGAGAAGGACAAGCAGAAGGAGAAGGCUAGGGUGAGUCGCACCUCCUUGAUACUGUGGCACGCGCACCAAAACGACGCCGCUGCGGUGCGUAAGCUUCUCCAGGAGGAUCCUUCACUCGUCAAGGCAAGGGACUACGAUAACCGUACUCCUCUCCACGUCGCCGCACUUCACGGCUGGCUCGACGUCGCUAACUGCCUCAUCGAGUACGGCGCCGACGUCAACGCUCAGGAUCGCUGGAAAAACACCCCUCUUGCUGAUGCGGAAGGAGCUAACAGGACUUCGGUGAUCGAGCUCUUGAAAACUCACGGUGGAUUGUCUUAUGGGCAAAAUGGUAGCCAUUUUGAGGCGAGGCCAGUACCGCCGCCGUUGCCGAACAAGUGUGAUUGGGAAGUUGACCCUAACGAGAUUGACUUCUCUAACUCCUCGCGUAUUGGAAAGGGAUCUUUUGGUGAGAUUUUAAAAGCCUAUUGGCGUGGGACUCCAGUUGCUGUUAAACGCAUUCUUCCAUCUCUUUCAGAUGAUCGAUUGGUGAUUCAGGACUUCAGGCAUGAGGUCAAUUUGUUGGUGAAGCUUCGACACCCUAAUAUAGUUCAGUUUCUCGGAGCUGUUACUGACAGGACCCCCCUUAUGUUAAUUACUGAGUAUCUAAGAGGGGGUGAUCUUCAUCAGUACCUCAAAGACAAAGGUUCAUUGAGUCCUUCAACAGCUGUCAACUUUUCCAUGGAUAUUGCCAGAGGCAUGGCCUAUCUUCACAAUGAACCAAACGUUAUAAUUCAUCGAGACCUAAAGCCAAGGAAUGUUCUUUUGGUCAAUUCUAGUGCCGAUCAUUUAAAAGUCGGGGAUUUUGGAUUGAGUAAAAUUAUCAAGGUCAAAAAUGCUCAUGAUGUAUACAAGAUGACCGGUGAAACAGGGAGCUACCGCUACAUGGCUCCUGAAGUUUUCAAACACCGAAGAUAUGAUAAGAAGGUUGAUGUGUACUCCUUUGCAAUGAUUUUGUAUGAGAUGCUUGAAGGUGAACCCCCUUUUGCAAGUUAUGAACCUUAUGAUGCAGCCAAACGUGCAGCAGAAGGACACAGACCUACUUUUCGGGCAAAGGGUUAUACCCCCGAACUGCAAGAGUUAACGCAACAGAGUUGGGCUGCUGACAUGAAUCAAAGACCUUCGUUUAUAGAUAUCCUUAAACGGCUUGAAAAGAUAAAGGAAAAUUUACCUUCAGAUCAUCACUGGCAUUUGUUUACUUCAUAAUUGUCUAAUAGCAAUGAUAUGUCCAGAAAUUCAGAUUGGUUUAUUGGCCAAUACCAUUCCGGUGGUUUGGCUUCUCUGUUAUUGGAUUUAUGGAUUGGUGGAGCCAACGGGAAAACCUAAAAAGUCACCGGUGGUUAACCAACCAAUAUCAACUGUUUUGUAUUGUAAUGAGCGGGAACAGGCGAUGUUGAUAUUUUUUUCUUUUUUCUGUGAUUUCUUUUCCCUAUUGCUUUUUUUUUUGUACCUUUUAUUUUUCUCUCAUUGAUGCUCCCGUUCCAUUCAGUUUAGCAUAUGAUAAGUGUAAUAAGUUGUAUACAAACUGUUCGAGGAAAUAGGCCAAAUCAUACUAUCCGCUAUUCGAUGUUAUAUCAUUUGUUUAAAAUCUA